UUGGCAUGUUACCAUGCUGAUAUUUGCUUGUUAGCACUUCAAAAUUGUUUUGCAGGUACUGCAGAUUUGACGAAUUGUCAGAUGAUCUCGAAGUUUGGCAAUACAGUCGUCAUGGAUGAGAGGACACGCCAUAGUAGCAACUUGUCAAUCACAAGAGAUUUACACCAGCUCCUUAAGACCCUGCCUUAAUCUGAGAGGAUGUGUGAGUGAGUCAGGAUGAGUUUUCUUUUUCACCGCUGGAUACCAAGCAGGCCAUAUGGGAACAUGAGGAGGAGGCCCGGUGUAACUCAGGAGGCUUUGGACGAGCUCGGAUCGCCUGCAGCCAUGGAACCUCCCCGUCCAACGAUUAUACAGAGGACUGACUCCAAAAGAGGCAUACAGCUGCCUGAAUGAUAGUCAGGAGGAGGGAGGCCCUGCCAGGAUCUUCAGCGUGGCACUGUUCGUGGUGUCCCCUCUGCCUCCUGCACUCGAACCAGGCUGACAGGCGGAGCUGUGGAUAGGGACAACGCAGGGGAUGGAGGUGCCACUUGUUAAUUUUGAAAACAUGGAUGAUGUGGGCAUCAACCUGGGAGACCCGAAUGACUCCGGGUACCCGACCUCGCCCACCUCAGAGGCCCCCGAUCAGAAUCUCUUCCCCCUGCAGUCGCCACAUAGACGACGCGGACAUUCGUCCGGUCAGGAGGGGUUGUCGCCGUCCACUCCUCCGACACUGACCACUAAAGCGAACUCCAGCAGCGCCAGUUUGAUCUCUAACCUGAAGCUCCUGAUCAACAGCGAGUCUCCCACUGACAGCGUCUUCAGUAAGAUGGCGAAGGAUUGCUACGAGAAUGAAGAUUUGUUUGAGAGGCACUGCAUGGAAGAAAAAGACGAGAAAGUUGUCAUCAAUAUUUCGGGCCUGAUGUUCGAGACCCAGCUCAGCACCCUGAAUAAGUUCCCCGAGACGCUGCUCGGCGACCCCAUGAAGAGGAUAAGCUACUUCGACCCGAUGAAAAACGAGUACUUUUUUGACAGGAACCGGCCGUCGUUUGAUGGUAUUCUGUACUACUAUCAGUCAGGAGGGAGAAUCCGCAGACCGGCCAACGUUCCCUUAGAUGUGUUCGCGAAUGAAAUAGUUUUCUACGAGUUGGGUCACGAGGCGAUGGAGCAGUUCCGCGAAGACGAAGGGUUUAUCAAAGAGCCAGAGGUCCUUUUGCCCACCAACGAACUCCAGCGACAGUUCUGGCUCCUGUUUGAAUACCCAGAAAGCUCCAGUGCGGCCAAAUCUGUAGCUCUGGUUUCUGUGUUUGUCAUCGUCAUUUCCAUUUUCAUCUUCUGCCUGGAGACUCUGCCAGAGUUCAGGGAGGACAAUGACUUUACCCCGGCUUUGACCCAGAUGAUCAAUGGGACACAAGAUGCUACUCAUCCCGCCGCCAAAGACAUGAUGGCGUAUUUCACAGACCCCUUUUUCAUUGUGGAGACUAUUUGCAUCAUUUGGUUCUGCUUUGAAGUCGGCGUCCGUUUCGUGGUGUGCCCCAGCAAGCGCGAUUUCUUCAACAACAUCAUGAACACCAUUGACAUAGUCUCUAUAAUUCCAUACUUUGUAACCCUGGGAACAGAGCUGGCUACGACCCCUGACGAUGACAUGAACUCUGGUCAGAACAUGUCCCUGGCAAUCCUAAGAAUCAUCCGCCUGGUGAGAGUUUUCAGAAUUUUUAAGCUCUCCCGACACUCGAAAGGGCUUCAGAUCUUGGGGCAGACCUUGAAAGCCAGCAUGAGGGAACUUGGGCUGCUCAUCUUCUUCCUUUUUAUAGGAGUCAUCCUAUUCUCAAGUGCCAUCUACUUUGCAGAAGUGGAUGAGCCCCAGACACAGUUUGUUAGCAUCCCCGACGGCUUCUGGUGGGCCGUGGUGACGAUGACCACCGUGGGAUACGGAGACAUGUGCCCCAUCACGAUGGGAGGCAAAAUGGUCGGCACCCUCUGUGCCAUUGCUGGUGUCCUGACCAUCGCCUUGCCCGUGCCGGUCAUCGUCUCCAACUUUAACUAUUUCUACCACCGUGAGACCGAGCAGGAGGAGAAACAGAUCAUGGACGCGGCGGCAGAGGCUGCGCAGAAAAUGUCGGCUGCGAACAAGUACGGAAGCACGCCGUCGCUCAACAAAAGUAACGGCACCUGGCAGAACGAGAAGAACGGCAUGCACUGAUAGGGGAACCACGCAUUUAUAUCAAGGGCAUGAAAAACACACGGACAAACACGACAUAUCCAGUAGUGAGAUGAACUCAUCUUUCUAGCUAUUUUGUACUGUGCACACUGUUCCAGUAUUAAUAGGCACUGUGUGGUGAGACAGCCUUUAAACUG